GCAGCCUCUCACAUACAGCCUGGCACCCAUGGUUACCUUAACCAUGCUACGAGUGUGGGUUCUGAGCGUGGCUGCAUUACUAAAUGGACUCUCAGCACAAGAAACAGAUUAUGAUUUUCUUCUGGACGCAACUGCAACAGAGAUGAUAACACCAACAACAGUGUCUAUUCUGCCGACAACAGGAAUCAUCGCCGAUAGCUAUGAGAGUCUUUACGGAAUCAACGUGAAUCACAACAUGCAGGUGUGCAGCACAUGGGGAAACUUCCACUUCAGCACAUUUGAUGGACAGUUCUUCCAGCUGCCCUAUACCUGCAACUACAUACUGACCACCCUGUGUGACAGCACCAAGACUGACUUUAACAUCCAAAUGAGGAGGCAGUAUAUCAACAAUCUCCCCACCAUCCGCUCCUUCACCAUAAAGAUAGACGGGGUUGUAGUCAAGCUUCUUGAUGGCCACAUUACAAUGAAUGACAAGGCAGUGACCAUCCCAAGUUAUCAGUAUGGAGUUCGGAUUGAAAAAACAACAAGUUACAUUAAGAUCAGCUCCAGUAAACUGGAAGUUGAAAUCCUUUGGGAUCAGCACAACUUUCUCUCGGUUGAGAUCCCAACAAAGUACAGGAAUCAGACCUGUGGACUGUGUGGGGACUUCAAUGGAGUUAAGGACAAUGAGUUCAUUGAAAACGGUGCGCAACUAACAGAAGAAGAAUAUGGGCAUAAAUGGAAGAUGGAUGCACCCGCAGAGACAUGUGAGGAGAUUGAGCUCCACACCAAGAAAUGCCAGUCUCAGAACUAUUUAUGUGAACAGCUGCUUUCUGAUCCAGCCUUCAGUAACUGCCACAGACUGCUGUCCAUUGAGGCAUUUGUGGAAGCCUGUGUUAGAGAUGUGUGUCAGUGUAACAGCAGCCAGGCUUUGUGUCUGUGUGACACAAUAUCUGAGUUCUCACGCCAGUGUGCGCAUGCUGGGGGCAAGCCGCAGAACUGGAGGACCAACUAUUUGUGUGGUAAAGAGUGUCCUUUUAACCUGGAGCACAAGGAAUGUGGGAGUCCAUGUAAAGACACCUGUUCUAACCAAGAGGGAAGCCUAGUCUGCAAUGAACACUGUAGCGAUGGCUGCUUCUGCCCAGCAGGAACUGUGUUUAAUGACAUUGAGGAAAAUGGCUGCAUCCCAGUUAAUAAGUGUCCCUGCAUCCACAAUGGACGGAUUUAUCAGCCUGGAGAGUCAUACAACAGAACCUGUCAAAAAUGUGUGUGUUCUGAAGGCCGGUGGAGUUGUGUGAACCUGGACUGUCCUGGCACUUGCUCUAUACAAGGAGGGUCUCAUAUCACCACAUAUGACGGCAAAGCUUACAACUUCCAUGGAAACUGCUACUACGUUCUUUCCAAGGACAGCAUAAACGAUGUGACAGUAUUGGGGCACCUGGUGCAGUGUGGGCAGACAGAAGCCGAAACAUGUCUGACUGAUGUGAAGUUCAUUAUUUCAGAAACUUCUGUUACUUUCUCAUCCAGUGGCUCUGUACUUGUGAAUGAGAUUACAACCAAGCUUCCCAUUUUAAAUGAUCAAGUCACAGUCUUUAAGCCCUCUACAUUCUACAUCAUCGCUCGCAGUCCAGGCCUUCUACUGGUGAUCCAAAUGGUUCCAGUCAUGCAAGUGUACAUAAUGGCCAGCUCUAAAAAGAAAGGAACAUUGAGUGGUCUUUGUGGGAACUUCAAUGAUGUCCAGGCAGAUGACUUCAAAACAAAAUUAGGACUAACGGAGGGCACAGGUGCAACGUUUGCCAACACAUGGAAGGCUAUGUCCAACUGUCCUGACAUUAGUAUCAGUCAAGAAAACCCCUGUAGUAUGAGUGUGGAAAAAGAGAAAUAUGCCAGGGAAUGGUGUAACAUGCUUACAGACCCAAAGGGAGUCUUUUCACCCUGUCAUGCUGAAGUCAACCCAAAGGACUACAAAGAUAGGUGUAUUUAUGAUACAUGCAACUGUGCCAAAAGUGAGGAGUGCAUGUGUGCAGCUGUGUCCUCCUACGUAUAUGCGUGUGCUGCCAAACGUGUUCAGCUCCAUGGCUGGAGAAACGCCACCUGUGGUAGGUUCUCCACAGAUUGUCCAGGCAAUAUGGAGUACCACUACAGCCUGAGCGGUUGUGGGACCACCUGCCGCUCCCUUAGUGGACAUGACCACACCUGUCAGGUGAUUCACACACCUGUGGACGGCUGUGGCUGUGCCAAGGGCACCUAUCUCAGUGACAAGGGCGAGUGUGUGCCUGCCUCCAGCUGCCCCUGUUACUACAACAAUCAGGUUGUGGCCCCCUCUCAGGUCAUCAGCAAGGACGGAACUACAUGCACAUGCACUCUUGGCAAGCUACACUGCAUCGGGCAGCAGCAAGUUCCAACCUGCGAAGCUCCUAUGUACUUCUUCAACUGCUCGAAUGCUGGACCUGAAGCCAGAGGGACAGAAUGCCAGAAAAGCUGCCAGACGCUGGACUCUGACCAGUGUGUGAGCACAGAGUGUAUGUCAGGUUGUGUGUGUCCAAGUGGUCUACUGGCUGAUGGACAAGGAGGGUGUGUAAAAGAAAAUAACUGUCCAUGUGUUCACAACGGAGUCUUCUACCAGCCUGGACAAACUGUUAAAGAAGACUGCAACACAUGCACUUGUAGGAAUGGAACAUGGAGCUGCACGCAUGAGGACUGUCCUGGCACUUGUACCAUCUAUGGUGAUGGCCACUACAUAACCUUUGAUGGAAGAAGAUACUCUUUUAGUGGAGACUGUGAAUAUACUCUGGUCCAGGAUUACUGCAGUAACACCCUCAAUGGUUCAUUCCGUGUCAUCACAGAAAAUAUCCCCUGUGGCACAACUGGGACCACCUGCUCCAAAUCUAUUAAAAUCUUCCUAGGGAACAAAGAGUUGCUGCUGUCAGAAGAGAAUAUUAAAGUUCUUAUUUAUGAUAAUAGCACAGAGAUUCCAUACAAAUCUUACACUGUGGGGAUUUACCUUGUAAUUGAGGCCAGUCAUGGUCUGGUUCUGUUCUGGGACAAGAAGACAAGCCUGAUGAUCAAACUCGAGCCCUGGUUUAAGGGCACAGUAUGCGGCCUGUGUGGUAACUAUGAUGGAAACGGUAAAAAUGACUUUGUGACUCGUGGUGGGGAAGAAGUGGUAGAACCGCUUGAACUUGGAAACAGCUGGAGAGUUUCUCCUACAUGCCCCAAAGCCAGUAGUGUCAGCAGCCCCUGCGAUAUGAGACCACACCGCCAGACCUGGGCCGUGAAGCACUGCAGCAUUAUCAAGAGUGAUGUCUUCAGUGCCUGUCACUCCCUAGUGGAUCCAGCUCAAUAUUAUGAUAUAUGUGUGCAAGACACGUGUGCAUGUGACAGCGGUGGAGACUGUGAGUGUUUCUGCACUGCUGUAGCAGCGUAUGCUGCAGCAUGCAAUAAGAAAGGAGCCUGCAUAUCUUGGAGGACUCCAACCAUCUGCCCUUUGUUUUGUGACUACUAUAACUCAGAUGAUGACUGUGAAUGGCACUAUAAACCCUGUGGGCAGUGUGUGAAAACCUGCAAUAAUCUUCCAGGAGACUGUUUUACUCAAACUCUAGUAGAAGGAUGCUUUCCCAAGUGCCCCUCAGAACGACCAUACCUGGAAGAGGAAAAAAUGAAGUGUGUUUCGAAACCCCAAUGUGGUUGUUAUAUGAAUGGUCAGCGCUACAAAAUUGGAGAAGAAAUCCCUACAAAAGAAAUCUGCAAAAAAUGCACCUGCUCCUUACAGGGUCCUUCAUGUUACAGUGAAACAGGAAAAGUACUAUACAACACAACAGAUGGGGAUGGAACAUGUAUCUUUGCUGAAUGUGGUCUUAAUGGAACAAUUAUCAGGAAGAUGUUUACAUGCAUAGGCACUCCUUCAGUUUCAACCACAAUUUUUACUUUCUCAACACCUGCAGACACAUCAACUACAACAGAAACUAUUCCAACAACAACAGCAGAAAGUCUUUCAACACCUACAACAACAGAAACAACCACUACAUUCACCCCCGCAACCACAUCUCCUACAACACCACCGAUCGAUUGCUUGUGCAAGUGGUCUGAGUGGUUUGACAGCAACUAUCCUAAUUUUACACCAACUGGAGAUGGAGGAGAAAUUGAAUCUAUAGAUGCCCUGUGGAAUGCAGGCAAUAUAACCUGUUGGAAACCAGAGGACAUUGAAUGCAGGGCGGUGUAUUUUAAGGAUGUACCUUUGUCUCAGUUGCCUCAAAACGUAACAUGUAAUCCUACUGUUGGUCUAAUUUGUAAUAACAAGGACCAGAUAGACUCAGAACAAUGUUAUAAUUUUGAAAUAAGGGUUAAAUGCUGUAAUGGAGCAUGCCAUAGUUCAUCUACAAUAUCAGCAACACCAAGUUCAACAACAUUAACCUCCUCUUCAACACCUUUUACAACAAAUGUGUCAACUACAACAGAAGCUACUUCAACAACAACAAUGAAAGUUCCUUCAACACCCCUAACAAGAGAAACACCCAUUACAAUAAUACCUUCAACUACACCAAUUCCAGCAAGCACAUCAACUACAACAGAAACUAUUCCAACAACAACAAUGAAAGUUCCUUCAACACCCCUAACAAGAGAAACCACUACAUUAACCUCCUCUUCAACACCUUCUAUAACAGGCACAUCAACUAUAACAGAAACUACUCCAGCAACGACAGUGGAAAUUCCUUCAACAAUAACACCCACAACAUUAACUCAUUCAACCACAUCUGUUACAGAAAGCAAAUCAACUACAAGAGAAACCAUGCCAACAACAACAGCAGUAAGUUCUUCAAUGAAGAAAACAACAGAAACAACCACUGCAGUAACCACCUCUACUAAACCAAGCACAUCAACUUCAACAGAAGGAACAAUUUCUAUUAGGACAAAGCCUCUAGUGAUCACAACGCUUUUUACAGCACCUAAUGUAGUCAACACGACUACAACAAAAACUACUCCAGCAACGACAGUGGAAAUUCCUUCAACAACAACAGAGGCGACCACUACAUUAACUCCAUCUACAACACCUGUUACAGUAAGCACAUCAACUACAACAGAAACUAUUCCAACAACAACAAUGAAAGUUCCUUCAACACCCCUAACAAGAGAAACCACUACAUUAACCUCCUCUUCAACACAUUCUAUAACAGGCACAUCAACUAUAACAGAAACUACUCCAGCAACAACAGUGGAAAUUCCUUCAACAACAACAGAGGCAACCACUGUAUUACCCCCUUCUACAACACUUAUUAUAGUAGGCACAUCAACUACAGCAGAAACUACUCCAGCAACAACGGUGGAAAUUCCUUCAACAACAGAGGCGACCACUACAUUAACCCCAUCUACAACACCUGCUACAGUAAGCACAUCAACUACAACAGAAACUAUUCCAACAACAACAGAGGAAUCUACUACAUUAACCCCCUCUACAACAACUGCUACAGUAAGCACAUCAACUACAACAGAAACUAUUCCAACAACAACAGCAGAAAGUCUUUCAACAUCUACAACAACAGAAACAACCACUACAUUCACCCCCGCAACCACAUCUCCUACAACACCACCGAUCGAUUGCUUGUGCAAGUGGUCUGAGUGGUUUGACAGCAACUAUCCUAAUUUUACACCAACUGGAGAUGGAGGAGAAAUUGAAUCUAUAGAUGCCCUGUGGAAUGCAGGCAAUAUAACCUGUUGGAAACCAGAGGACAUUGAAUGCAGGGCGGUGUAUUUUAAGGAUGUACCUUUGUCUCAGUUGCCUCAAAACGUAACAUGUAAUCCUACUGUUGGUCUAAUUUGUAAUAACAAGGACCAGAUAGACUCAGAACAAUGUUAUAAUUUUGAAAUAAGGGUUAAAUGCUGUAAUGGAGCAUGCCAUAGUUCAUCUACAAUAUCAGCAACACCAAGUUCAACAACAUUAACCUCCUCUUCAACACCUUUUACAACAAAUGUGUCAACUACAACAGAAGCUACUUCAACAACAACAAUGAAAGUUCCUUCAACACCCCUAACAAGAGAAACACCCAUUACAAUAAUACCUUCAACUACACCAAUUCCAGCAAGCACAUCAACUACAACAGAAACUACUCCAACAACAACAAUGAAAGUUCCUUCAACACCCCUAACAAGAGAAACCACAACAUUAACCUCCUCUUCAACACCUUCUAUAACAGGCACAUCAACUAUAACAGAAACUACUCUAGCAACGACAGUGAAAAUUCCUUCAACAACAACAGAGGCGACCACUGUAUUACCCCCUUCUACAACACUUAUUAUAGUAGGCACAUCAACUACAGCAGAAACUACUCCAGCAACAACGGUGGAAAUUCCUUCAACAACAGAGGCGACCACUACAUUAACCCCAUCUACAACAACUGCUACAGUAAGCACAUCAACUACAACAAAAACAAUUCCAACAACAACAGUGGAAAUUGUUUCAACAACAGAGGAAACUACUACAUUCACCCCCUCUACAACAACUGCUACAGUAAGCACAUCAACUACAACAGAAGCUACUUCAACAACAACAAUGAACGUUCCUUCAACACCCCUAACAAAAGAAACAACCAUUACAAUAAUACCUUCAACUACACCAAUUCCAGCAAGCACAUCAACUACAACAGAAACUAUUCCAACAACAACAAUGAAAGUUCCUUCAACACCCCUAACAAGAGAAACAACCAUUACAAUAAUACCUUCAACUACACCAAUUCCAGCAAGCACAUCAACUACAACAGAAACUAUUCCAACAACAACAAUGGAAGUUCCUUCAACACCCCUAACAAGAGAAACACCCAUUACAAUAAUACCUUCAACUACACCAAUUCCAGCAAGCACAUCAACUACAACAGAAACUAUUCCAACAACAACAAUGCAAGUUCCUUCAACACCCCUAACAAGAGAAACAACCAUUACAAUAAUACCUUCAACUACACCAAUUCCAGCAAGCACAUCAACUACAACAGAAACUAUUCCAACAACAACAAUGAAAGUUCCUUCAACACCCCUAACAAGAGAAACCACUACAUUAACCUCCUCUUCAACACCUUCUAUAACAGGCACAUCAACUAUUACAGAAACUACUCCAGCAACAACAGUGGAAAUUCCUUCAACAACAACAGAGGCAACCACGGUAUUACCCCCUUCUACAACACUUAUUAUAGUAGGCACAUCAACUACAGCAGAAACUACUCCAGCAACAACAGUGGAAAUUCCUUCAACAACAGAGGCGACCACUACAUCAACCCCAUCUACACCUAUCGAUUGCUUGUGCAAGUGGUCUGAGUGGUUUGACAGCAACUAUCCUAAUUUUACACCAACUGGAGAUGGAGGAGAAAUUGAAUCUAUAGAUGCCCUGUGGAAUGCAGGCAAUAUAACCUGUUGGAAACCAGAGGACAUUGAAUGCAGGGCGGUGUAUUUUAAGGAUGUACCUUUGUCUCAGUUGCCUCAAAACGUAACAUGUAAUCCUACUGUCGGUCUAAUUUGUAAUAACAAGGACCAGAUAGACUCAGAACAAUGUUAUAAUUUUGAAAUAAGGGUCAAAUGCUGUAAUGGAGCAUGCCAUAGUUUAUCUACAACAUCAGCAACACCAAGUUCAACAACUGCAACUAUUACAUUAAUCUCCUCUUCAACACCUUCUACAACAGGCACAUCAUCUAUAACAGAAACUACUCCAGCAACGACAGUGGAAAUUCCUUCAACAAUAACAACCACAACAUUAACUCAUUCAACCACAUCUGUUACAGAAAGCAAAUCAACUACAAGAGAAACCAUGCCAACAACAACAGCAGUAAGUUCUUCAAUGAAGAAAACAACAGAAACAACCACUGCAGUAACCACCUCUACUAAACCAAGCACAUCAACUUCAACAGAAGGAACAAUUUCUAUUAGGACAAAGCCUCUAGUGAUCACAACGCUUUUUACAGCACCUAAUGUAGUCAACACGACUACAACAAAAACUACUCCAGCAACGACAGUGGAAAUUCCUUCAACAACAACAGAGGCGACCACUACAUUAACCCCAUCUACAACACCUGUUACAGUAAGCACAUCAACUACAACAGAAACUAUUCCAACAACAACAAUGAAAGUUCCUUCAACACCCCUAACUAGAGAAACCACUACAUUAACCUCCUCUUCAACAACUUCUAUAACAGGCACAUCUACUAUAACAGAAACUACUCCAGCAACAACAGUGGAAAUUCCUUCAACAACAACAGAGGCGACCACUGUAUUACCCCCUUCUACAACACUUAUUAUAGUAGGCACAUCAACUACAGCAGAAACUACUCCAGCAACAACGGUGGAAAUUCCUUCAACAACAACAGAGGCGACCACUACAUUAACCCCAUCUACAACACCUGUUACAGUAAGCACAUCAACUACAACAGAAACUAUUCCAACAACAACAGAGGAAUCUACUACAUUAACCCCCUCUACAACAACUGCUACAGUAAGCACAUCAAUGACAACAGAAACUACAACAACGAUAGUGGAAAUUCCUUCAACAACAACAGAGGCGACCACUGUAUUACCCCCUUCUACAACACUUAUUAUAGUAGGCACAUCAACUACAGCAGAAACUACUCCAGCAACAACGGUGGAAAUUCCUUCAACAACAACAGAGGCAACCACUACAUUAACCCCAUCUACAACACCUGUUACAGUAAGCACAUCAACUACAACAGAAACUAUUCCAACAACAACAGAGGAAUCUACUACAUUAACCCCCUCUACAACAACUGCUACAGUAAGCACAUCAAUGACAACAGAAACUACAACAACGAUAGUGGAAAUUCCUUCAACAACAACAGAAACAACCACCACAUUAACCUCCUCUGCAACACCUUUUACAACAAAUGUGUCAUCUACAACAGAAGCUACUUCAACAACAACAAUGAAAGUUCUUUCAACACCCCUAACAAGAGAAACAACCUUUACAAUAAUACCUUCAACUACACCAAUUCCAGCAAGCACAUCAACUACAACAGAAACUAUUCCAACAACAACAAUGAAAGUUCCUUCAACACCCCUAACAAGAGAAACAACCAUUACAAUAAUACCUUCAACUACACCACUUCCAGCAAGCACAUCAACUACAACAGAAACUAUUCCAACAACAACAAUGAAAGUUCCUUCAACACCCCUAACAAGAGAAACAACCAUUACAAUAAUACCUUCAACUACACCAAUUCCAGCAAGCACAUCAACUACAACAGAAACUAUUCCAACAACAACAAUGAAAGUUCUUUCAACACCCAUAACAAGAGAAACCACUACAUUAACCUCCUCUUCAACACCUUCUAUAACAGACACAUCAACUACAACAGAAACUACUCCAACAACAACAAUGGAAGUUCUUUCAACACCCAUAACAAGAGAAACCACUACAUUAACCUACUCUUCAACACCUUCUAUAACAGACACAUCAACUACAGCAGAAACUACUCCAACAACAACAAUGAAAGUUCCUUCAACACCCCUAACAAGAGAAACAACCACUACAAUAAUACCUUCAACUACACUAAUUCUUGAAAGCACAUCAACUACAACAGAAACUAUUCCAACAACAACAAUGAAAGUUCUUUCAACACCCCUAACAAGAGAAACAACCACUUCAAUAAUACCUUCAACUACACUAAUUCUGGAAAGCACAUCAACUACAACAGAAACUAUUCCAACAACAACAAUGAAAGUUCCUUCAACACCCCUAACAAGAGAAACAACCACUACAUUAACCUCCUCUUCAACACCUGUUACACCAAGCACAUCAACUACACAAUGUGUCUGCACACACAGAAACAUGAAUUUCCUUCCAGGGUCUUUCAUCUAUAAUGUAACGGAUGGAACAGGGUGGUGUAUCACUGCUUAUUGUGAUGCAGUGUGCAAUAUUCACAAGGAUACACGACCUUGCCCUUCUACUGCUCAUACUUCUACAACACAACCUACUACAACUACUACUACUCCUACUUCUACUACAAGUACUCCCACUAGUACAACUGCCACUACAACAACUACCAUUAAAAAUACUACUACGACUCCAACUGACUGCACAUACCUCAAUCCACCGAGAAAGAAUGGAGAAACCUGGACUGAGAACUGUGUGAUUGUUAAGUGCCUAAAUGGUUUAACCACCAUGGAACCUCUCAAGAUUCCACCUCUUCCAGUGUGCGCAAAUAAAAUGCCUCCUGUGAAACUUGAGAAUGACUGUUACCAUUAUGAAUGCCCAUGUAGAUGCAUGGGUUGGGGAGAUCCACAUUACGUGACUUUUGAUGGACAGUAUUAUGCUUUCCAAGGAAACUGCACAUAUGUGUUGGUCCAGGAAAUCAUCAAGAAGUACAACUUCAGUGUCCACAUCAAGAACUAUUUCUGUGAUCCUGUCAAUAACUUGGCUUGUCCCGAGAGUUUGACCAUAUAUUACAAAUCAUAUAAAAUCGACUUGACACAGACAAGAAACCCAACUGUGAACAAAGUAUUUGUCAAUGGUGUACAGACAAUCCCAGCUUACUCUAAUUCAGACUUUCGAAUAACCACUACUGGGAUCCAGAUGACUGUGAACAUCCCUGCGAUAAAAGCUCAGAUUAACUUUGCAGGGCUGAAUUUUGUAAUCAACUUGCCAUCAUCUUUAUUCUACAACAACACUGAGGGACAGUGUGGUGUUUGUGACAACAUCACGGAAAAUGACUGCAGACUACGUAGUGGUGAAAUUCAGACAUGUGAAACGACAGCACAGAAUUGGACUGUGACCAACAACUACACGCAACACUGUCUUCCACCCACAACCACAACCAAAACUCCAACCUCAGCCACAACCAAAACCCCAACCUCAACUUCAACAGAAAACACAUACACAAACAAAACCAUAUCCAAAUCCUCAACCCCAUCAGCAACUGGAAUAUGUGACCAUGAUAUCUGCGAAAUCAUCCUCAGCAAUGUGUUUGAUCAAUGCCACCCAUUCUAUCCUCCUGAUGACUUCUAUAAAGCAUGUAAAUAUGACGUGUGCAACAUGCACAAUGCCACUGGCUGCUACAGCCUGGAGAGCUAUGCUACCUUGUGCGCUAAGAUGUCUGUAUGUGUGGACUGGAGGAAUUUCACUAAUGGACUUUGUGAAUACAAGUGUUCCAGUCCUAAAGUCUACCAGGCAUGUGGGCCCGUUGUGGAAGAAACCUGCAAUUCAAAGUACAAUGACAAGUUUGUAGAUUGUAAUUCUGCGAUGUGUCAAGGAUUCAAGGAAGGAUGCUUCUGUCCUAACGGCACCACUCUGUUUAACACUGUUACAGGCAUUUGUACACCCACCUGUGGUUGUGUAGGUCCUGAUGGACUGCCUAGGAAGCCGGGAGACAAAUGGAGCAUGAACUGUAAAGAUUGUGAAUGCAGGGCAGAGACCAUGGGUCCAGUGUGUAAACCUGUCCAGUGUCCAGCCGUAGAACCAUGUAACAAAACUGGCUUUGUGAUCAAGGCAGCAACCAGCGAACAUUGUUGUCCAGUGUGUGAGUGUGAUCCUACUCUCUGCCCCAGUGCCCCAGUAAAAUGUGAAACUGGAUUGGAGUUGGUACAGAACAAGACUGUGGGUGACUGCUGCUCUACUUUCUCUUGCAGACCCAAGCCUGUCUGUGUAUUCAAUGGCACAGAAUAUUGGCCUGGAGUUAAAAUCCCAGUAGACAUCUGUGAGGACUGCAGCUGUGGUUCCACCGUGGACCCCAAGACUGGAUUACUAACUCCAGACUGCUCUCCUGUGUUCUGCAAUACGACCUGCUCUCAGGGCUUUAUCUAUGAACAUGACCCAGAGAAAUGCUGUGGACAAUGUAAACAGCAACGCUGUGUUUAUACAGAUCCAAACAGCACAGUAUACACGAUUGAGGUUGGAAAGACCUUUAGCCCUCCAAAUGAAAAGUGUGUGAAUUAUAAUUGCACUAAAGUCAGUAACGCAUUUGAGUUGUUGGUGAUAAUCUCUUCAUGUCCAGCAUUUAACCCAGAAAACUGCAUACCUGGUACCGUGACAACCACACCAGACGGAUGUUGCGAAACUUGUGAGACUCAAAACUGCCGUGUUCAGAAGAACAACACCUACCUAGUGACCAGUAACUGUACAUCUGUGCAUCCUGUGGAGAUAACCUCCUGCUCUGGCUCCUGUGACACUAGCUCAAUAUACUCGAUGGCAGCUAACAGCAUGAUGCACCGGUGCUCCUGCUGUCAGGAGCUGCGUACCAGGAAGAAGCAGGUGGAGAUGAACUGUGCUGACCAGCGCCAGAUCACUUACACAUACACUUAUGUUGAAGAGUGUGGAUGCCAUGUGACAGAGUGCAAAAACAAAGAAAACAGUGGUUAGAUUAGAUUCAGCUCUCUGGUUUCUCACCAACUCAUUUCUAUAAACCUCCCACCAACUGUGAUUACAUCUGUUAAUGAAGCUUUGUUAAACUGAAUCCAAAUAACGCAUCGAAUAAUGUGAUGAAUUCAUUUUUUUCAUUCUUAGGGAACAGGGUCUUUUUGCUUACUCUACUAAUCAUGAUAGUCAUAUAUUCCAUUGCUUUAAGUUUUGUUUUCUUAUAAAAUUUGUAAUUUUUUUAUGAUCAACAAGCAAAAUAAAAUCAAACAGCAUCA